UACUAAGCAGAUUCCUUAUGUUUUCAUAGGAAACACUUUAGCUUUUCGUUGUUUUCAGUUACCUACAAGUCUUUGGACUUUGUGUUGUUCGAUUUAGUACGACAACAGAUUAAAAAAGGACCUCUCCUAAAGCUUUUAAAAACUAAACAAUCUUCAAAUGCUCCAAAUUGUAUUAGCGUUGAUUUUAAAAAGUAUAAUCUCCUCCAUAUGUCAUAAUCUUGCCACUGAUACAAAUAAAAAUAACAAGAAGUUCCGAGUUACAUUUGUCAGAUAACGAACCGGCCAUCUCUUGUCUUGUGUUUCAUCUUACUAGUUACUCAAGGUGACGAUGAGAUUUGAAGUUUCCCACCAAGAAAGGAGCAGCUUCUUAUAUAUUUUUCAUGUACUAUAAGUUUAUCUGUAAAUACCUUUUCCUCUUUAUGGUGUUUUCUCUUGCUUGCCGAUUCUUCUAGCUUCUUAGUUUCUCCUUUCUCAAGUUUUCUUAUAUUCUCUCCUACAUGUCUUCGCAUCCCUUCUCUCUCCCAUCCCAAGAAAUCUUAGAUUCUAUGAUUCUCUUUUCUCUUCAUCUUUAUAAUAAGAUAUAUCUAUACCUGAGAGGGAACUUCUUCGCUACCAAUUCUUUCUUUCAGCUCUAUCAAAUCCCAAGAACCUGAAGACUAUCUCUCUUCUUUCUCUCAAAACUCAAAAGCUUUAACUGGAAAGAAAAUGACUCACCGUAUAGCUUCUCGAUGUUUCUCCAUCAUGCUUCUAUGUCUUCUAAUCACUUCACCUCUACAUGUUAUAGCUCAGGGUCAGGGAGGAGGACAAGGUGAUAUACCAGUUGUUAAUCCUACAGCUCCCGAUGGUGGUACCACCACCACACCAACCAUAACCCAACCAUCACCGCCUUCCUCAACAUUCCCAGGUCCAACUACGCCAACAACUACACCAACUGGUGGGUAUCCACCCCUUGAUGGAACUACACCAACAGGUGGUUACCCACCACUUGGUGGCACCUCCCCUCCAGGUGGUGGUGGCGAUGUUGGUGGUGGUUAUGGUGGUGGUGGUGACACUGGUGCAGGUGGAGGAGGAGGCGGUUAUGGUGGUGGUGCACCUGGUGGAGGAGGAGGAGGUGACACCGGUGCAGGAGGUGGUGGUGCAACUGGUGGUGGCGGUGGUGGAGACACUGGCGGAGGUGGUGGUGGUGGUGGUGGUGGUAGUGGCCAGUAUUGUAUAGCGAAAGCAAAUGCUUCGCCAACAUCAUUACAAGUGGCUUUGGAUUAUGCUUGUGGGUAUGGAGGAGCUGAUUGUGGCCAGAUCCAACAAGGUGCAGCCUGUUACGAGCCUAACACCAUUCGUGAUCAUGCUUCCUUUGCUUUCAAUAGUUAUUACCAGAAGCAUCCUGGUUCUGACAGCUGCAAUUUUGGAGGGGCAGCACAACUCACCAGCACAGAUCCAAGUAAAGGAAGCUGUCACUUCUCAUCAUCAUCAGGAACAGUCAGCACAAGCCCACCAAGUCAAUUAAGUCCACCGGAUUUUAAUUCCCCACCAUCUACAUACCCACCCCCAAUAACUACUCCAAACACAGGCAUAACUGGUUCUGGACCACCAUUCGGCGUGGCAGAGCCAACCGGGCUUCCAAGUUCAGCAACCCCUGUGUCACAUAGCCUUCUCUCAUUAUUUACAGCAGUCGGGAUACUAAUGCCACUGCUCAGGGAAAAUUAUCUUUAAAAGGAAAAAGUGUCAGGGUUUCAAUCAUUCUCUGCGAAUUAUGAGGCGCGUUUUCCAUAUCUACCUUCACGUUAUACGGAGUUCGAGAAAGCAGCUGUCAUCAGCAAGAAGAUUUUAAUCCAAGACCUUACUCUCACCAUCUGUUCUAUUGCUAUAGUUCAUCACUGAAAUUAUAUUUAUUUAGUAGGAGAUAUUACAAAAUCAAAGGGCGUAGGAUAUAUACAUUCUUGUAGAAACAUUCAGCAUAAUGUAUCUCUCCACAGUUGUAGAAAAUAAAAUACUUAGGGAACGGUUAAAAAAUACAAAAGCAAUGUCAGACAUAAUUAAUUA